AUGAUUAGCGCCACGUCCUUUUCGAAUCAUUCGGCUACCCGACCACCGCGGUAUCGCACUCCUUCCCCUCCGCGACGCGCCGUCGAACCGAUUUCACCGUGCACGACCGCCGAUGUCCGUGUCUCAUGGGUUGACCGCGCCACCUCGAAGGUUGUGGGCUCAGAUCGCGACCCGAUCCACCCGAACAAUGGUGGAUAUACUCGGGUGGGUAGUGGUGGGCAUCAGCGCCCUGGUCAUGGCAGAUCUAGCUCUACCAUCGACACCCUUGCGACUAUUGCUCUCGCGACGAGCCCUACUUUCGCCCCGGUCGCCUAUCGACCUCCUUCUCAGAAUUCCACCCCUUCUAUGCCACUAUUUCCCUCCGAGUCUAUGGAUUUUGACGAACGACCAGCUAAACGCCCACGGUCGGAGAAAGAUCCUUCCCCGUUUUAUCAACACCGAACUGGUUCGGUACCAGAUGCAAAUCCCUCGUCGGCAUUUGACAGCAUGAAGACGGAUGCGGAGCUUUUACUGAACUUUGCAAGGCCUUCCAAUUUCCACCCUACCUUCCAACCCUCGAAGCGAGUCAGCAUAGACGAGUCGUAUCAUCAAUACGGGAGUGACACGAGAAGCAAUCCCAAAGUCGGGCUAGGUGCGGCAUAUAUGGAAUCGGGUGAAAAUUCUGCAUACAGCAUUUCGGCAUCCGGCAACUUCCCGCCGUCUCGCAUGAGGUCUCAAUCUGACGGUUCCGCUGUAGUUUCUCGACCGAUCAGCCAUAGUGUACGACCAAACACAAGCUCUUCCACACUUCCACCCAUAUUGCAGGAAGGUCAUGAUAGGGAGGAUAGCUGGAUUUCAACGACUAAGGAGGUAGUGGGCGAUUCACUCUUUGGCACACAAGGUUCUGGCUUGGUGGGACCUAUGAAUGUUGAAUUACCAAGAGGCCUCUCUUCCAAGGCAGAGGACGACACCGAAUCCGAGGGAUCAAACCAGGCAAGCUGUGCCGCUUGCAAUCUCGUUCGAAUCCCAAUUGAUACAGGCGAAUACGGCGAUGUUACUUGGAUCAGCUGUGAUGGUUGCAAGCGGUGGUUUCACAUUGUUUGUGCGGGAUUCAAAAGCGAUCGUGAAAUCCGAACCGUCGACAAGUUUAUCUGCCGUGAGUGUCGUCCAGUGCAUGGACAGACGACGUUUGUGCGCAAGUCCUCUCGUGCCCGCACUGCCAUCGAUUAUGCGGGACUCAACCAGGGACUUGUGAAGACUGCUUCGGAUUCCGUGGAACAUCACUAUCUUGAACCUAUUCGACAAGGCAAGAUUCGUUUUCUCCCAGAAAGCUUCCCUCGAAUGCGUCCGGAGCUGGUUACGGCCGAAUAUUUCGAACGCGGCAGCGGCAUGACAGAACCCAUUGUGAUCCCCGCCCAUAUGAACUCCCAUGCCCCAGUUUCUACUGCCGAGUCCGAUUUUGAUGCCCUCGUCCAGGAAGCUUCCACUCGGGAAAUGUUUGACGAGUUGUUGGAGCACGCCCCUGAGGAAUAUCAGAACGUUGAGCGAGUAAUCGACUGUGGUCAGGACCAGUUGGACAUGGUGGUCCCCCAGGGCCUCACAGUCAGGACAGUGGCAGACCUUUACGGUCCGGAUGAACGAGUGGAGGUAAUCGAUGUCAAAUCCCAACAAGGGGAAGAUAGAAGGUGGACUAUGCAAAAAUGGGCUGAUUAUUACGAAAGCACUGGGUCCAAGGUUGUCCGGAAUGUUAUCAGUCUGGAGGUGUCGCAGAGUAAACUGGGCCGAUUGAUUCGCCGACCGAAAAUAGUUCGCGACCUUGAUUUGCAGGAUUCUGUGUGGCCAGAUGAUCUGAAGGCUGCUGGCGAUUAUCCGAAGGUCCAGUUUUACUGCCUCAUGUCCGUUGCCAACUGCUAUACAGAUUUCCAUAUCGACUUCGGCGGAUCAUCUGUUUACUAUCAUAUCCUAAAAGGCAAAAAGACCUUCUUUUUCAUCCCGCCCAAGGACAAACAUCUGAAGAAGUAUGAAGAAUGGUGUAAUUCACCUGCUCAGGACUCAACCUUUCUUGGGGACCAAACGAAAGAGUGCUACCGCGUUGAUCUUUCCGAAGGUGACACCAUGUUGAUCCCAUCUGGAUGGAUACAUGCUGUAUGGACUCCAGAGGACAGUCUGGUUAUUGGCGGUAAUUUCUUGACGAGGUUGAAUUAUGGGAUGCAGAUUAAAGUUGCAAACAUCGAAAAGGAUACGAAAGUCCCAAGGAAGUUCAGGUAUCCAUUCUUUCAAAAGAUCCAAUGGUAUACCGCAUUGAAGUACCUGGAAGAUGAUCCGAUACCUCACAGUGUUCUAAAUGCAUUCGUCCAAGACGAGAACUACCGCUUCCAUAGGGAGUAUCCUAUCUAUUAUGAGUUCGGCGAACGGGAAAAUACGGCGCCACCUGGGUCCCCUUAUCAUAACUCCCGCUUCUAUUCACAGGCAGAGUUAGAAGGCCUACUAGACCUAGCGAAGUAUCUCCUGCGAACUGCCCUGAUUGCUGGCUCCUACGUUGUCGAAGGCGUGACGGCGGAUGCCAGGAAUGCAAUCAAACGCUCCAUACCAAAAGGGGCAGGGGAUCCAGUGGAGACGGUUAAGAAAUUCGGGCUCUGGGUUGCGUGGAAGCGCGGGAAUGAAAAAGCGGCGCAAUGGACACGCCCAGGCGUAAUCGAGAGCAAUGCAAAACUCAGCCUCGCGGAGAAGAAACCCGCUGGGCGGCCCAGUCGUCGUUCAGAGCGUAACAUGGACGGUCAGCGCACGUACACUGAAAGACAAGCAGUGCAGCGGCUUCCAGAGCAAGCUCGCGAGCUCGAAACUGGAUUCUUCGGCUACAACGGCUCUUCAUCAUCCAACAGCAGUGUUUCUGUUCCAUCCCACUUCCCCUCAGGCAGCGCUGUCAAGGAGGAGACUGCCUCCAAGCCCCGAAAUGUCCCCAGAGGCUCUGGUUUGGGUCCUAAGCGAGUUGCCUGUGAUGCUUGUCGAAAACGAAGAAUACGCUGCCACCAUAAGGAUGAGCAGGUUGACACGAUGUCGGUAAAGCAAAUGCCGAUUGGAGCUUUUGGCUCGCCGAGUCAAUCCUCUUUAGCUCAUGAUGCUGCAUCUGCUCUGAACUCCCUGGCGGCGAUUGCGUCUGAAGCCGGUCUUCAAGACAAUCAUGGCAGGAAUCACGAUGGGUUUGAAGCCGCUGGGAAGUACAGCUCUGCGGCCUUGGGAACACCACAUUCAGUUCCACACAGGCUGAGCGACAUCAGUCCUGAGGGGUCAGGCCAGGGGAAGAAGGGACGUAGCAAGGCCUGUGAUGACUGUCGAAAGAGCAAGCGCCGGUGUAUCCAUGAUGAGUAUGGUAGGAUAGAUCCCGUGAAAGCACAGGAACGGUCAAAACCACGGGCCGCAGCGUCUGCUAAAAGACCACGACCCAAUGAGGAGAGUCUUGUUUCGACAGCGAAUAAGAGACCUAAGCAAGAGAGCACAUCUCCUGUGGCGCGACCGGUGCGUCUCAGCAGAGAAGGUGAAUCUGCAGAUGGUCGAACAUUCCAGCCGCCGGUGCAAAUGCAUCAGGCGGUGGUAGAUAAUAUCCCACUAGUUGAGUUCGCUGAUGCCAACACAAUAUCCCUACAACAGGGUAUGGUAUCGGCGGAGAAGGAAGCACCAGUUGGACAUACUUCGUAUGCGUCGCCACCCACAUACCAGGCAGAUACGGUCAUUACAGAGAUCCAUCCCGAUUCCAUGUCAUCUAAACCGGCUGCUACGCUUGUGUCACCUCCGACUUCCCUGGCAGACGAAACCGACGUAGCUCAUGAACAUGCGGAUGGGGAGGGAGAACAUCCAGGAGUUUUGCACACUCCUACAUCCAGUUCGCGUCAUUCCUCCCGCCAACCUCGCCACGUUGACCGAUAUGCACCUGAAGUUCAUGUUGCAAAGGGUACCAAAUCGUCAACACACACCCCAGCGGCACGACGUUCGUCCUUCGGAGCUUCGAGUACCGGCACGCGUAAGACCACACCUGGUCCAUCAUCAGGCUCAAAGAAAUCCUCAUCACGCCCCUCAUCGUCACACGCCAAGAAGAACAUGUCGCCAGCGGAAAAGAAGCUGGAUCGCACAGUUGCAUCUUCCGAACAGGCGGGUAAAAGCACAAAGCGAGAACGGGCGAAUGCUGCUGAUGAAGAGCCGGAUGCCGAGAGUCUGCGUCUCAUUCGUGAGUUGCAGGAGCAGGAAUUUGGGCUACGAAAACGGUCAACACGUGUGUAG